UCCCAGCCUGGAAUACCUCGAAUAGACAGACCCCAGCCUGGAAUUCCCUGGAAUAGACAGUUCCCAGCCUGGAUUAGACAGAUCCCAGCCUGGAAUACCUCGAAUAGACAGACCCCAGCCUGGAAUUCCCUGGAAUAGACAGUUCCCAGCCUGGAUUAGACAGAUCCCAGCUGGAACACCCCGGAAUAGACAGACCCCAGCCUGGAAUUCCCUGGAAUAGACAGAUCCCAGCCUGGAUUAGACAGAUCCCAGCCUGGAAUACCUCGAAUAGACAGACCCCAGCCUGGAAUUCCCUGGAAUAGACAGAUCCCAUCCUGGAUUAGACAGAUCCCAGCCUGGAAUACCUCGAAUAGACAGACCCCAGCCUGGAAUUCCCUGGAAUAGACAGUUCCCAGCCUGGAUUAGACAGAUCCCAGCUGGAACACCCCGGAAUAGACAGACCCCAGCCUGGAAUUCCCUGGAAUAGACAGUUCCCAGCCUGGAUUAGACAGAUCCCAGCUGGAACACCCCGGAAUAGACAGACCCCAGCCUGGAAUUCCCUGGAAUAGACAGAUCCCAGCCUGGGUUAGAUAGAUCCCAGCCUGGGUUAUACAGAUCCCAGCCUGGAAUUCCCUGGAAUAGACAGAUCCCAGCCUGGGCUAGACAGAUCCCAGCCUGGAAUACCCUGGACUAGAUAGAUCUCAGCUGGAAUAUCCCUGAACAGACAGAUCCCAGCCUGGAAUACUUCAGAUUAGACACAUCUCAGCCUGGAAUACCCCGGAAUAGACAGAUCCCAGCUGGAAUAUCCCUGAAUAGACAGAUCCCAGCCUGGAAUACUUCGGAUUAGACAGAUCCCAGUCUGGAUUAGACAGAUCCCAGAUGGAAUAUCCCCGAAUAGACAGAUCCCAGCCUGGAAUAUCCCAGAAUAGACAGAUCCCAGCCUGGAAUACUUCGGAAUAGACAGAUCCCAGCUGGAAUAUCCCAGAAUAGACAGAUCUCAGCCUGGAAUACCCUGGAAUAGACAGAUCCCAGCUGGAACAUCCCAGAAUAGACAGAUCUCAGCCUGGAAUAUCCUGGAAUAGACAGAUCCCAGCUGGAAUAUCCCCGAAUAGACAUACCCCAGCCUGGGAUAGACAGAUCUCAGCCUGGAAUACCCCGGAAUAGACAGAUCCCAGUCUGGAAUAGACAGAUCCCAGCUGGAAUACCCCGGAAUAUCCAGAUCCCAGCCUGGAAUACCCCGGAAUAGACAGAUCCAAGUCUGGAAUAUCAUGGAAUAGACAUAUUCCAGCCAGGAAUAGACAGAUCCCAGCCUGGAAUAUCUGGGAAUAGACAGAUCCCAGCUGGAAUAUCCUGGAAUAGAUCCACUCCAGUCUGGAAUACCCCAGGAAUAGAUCAACCCAGCCUGGAAUAGAUCCACCUGUGCCUGGAACACCCUGGAAUAGACCAGCCCAGCCUGGAAUGGAUUCACUCCUGCAGCAUUCAAUCCAACAUCAUCUCUAAUCCAGCUUCAACCCAUCUCCAGCUCGAGUCCAGAUUUAAUCCAUCCCCAGCUCUAAUCCAGCUUUGGUCCUGUGGCAGAUUUAAUCUGUUACAUAGAGAUCCCAGAUUACAGUGUGGAAGCAAACCUGAAGCUUUGUGCGUGGAGCAAGGCUGCUUGUUGGAGAAUGGAGCAUUUGCAGCCGGGAAGCUGUGAGGGAGACCCACCAGAGGAUGGGACAGAGCCGGUGGGUUCAUCGGGCCGUGAGGAGCAGCCGGGCCUGCCUGAGGGUGGGAGGCGGCCUGUGCGCAGUGUGGACCGAGCCUAUCGAUGCGGGGACUGCGGGAAGGGUUUUGCCCGCCCGUCCUACCUGGAGAUCCACCGGCGGAGUCACACCGGGGAGCGGCCGUUCAGCUGCUCGGUGUGCGGGAAGGCCUUCAGCCAGUCCUCCAACCUGCAGACCCACCAGCGUGUCCACAGCGGGGAGCGGCCGCUGCCUUGCUCCCUGUGCGGGGAGCCCCUGGGCCGGGCCCCUGGCCGCCCACUCUACGCCCAGGGCUGCUGCUCCCGGUGUGGGCAGGGAGCGGCCGGUUGCUCCCAGGCUGCGGCGAAGCCCUUCCCCUGCUCGCAGUGUGAGAAGCGCUUCACCAGCCUCUCCCACCUCAAGACCCACCAGCGCAGCCACACCGGCGAGAGGCCCUUCGCCUGCUCCCAGUGCGGGAAGGGCUUUGUCUGCUCCUCCCACCUGCUGAAGCACCAGCGCAGCCACACCGGCGAGAGGCCCUUCGCCUGCUCCCAGUGCCCCAAGCGCUUUGCCUGCCCCUCCUACCUGGAGAUCCACCGGCGGCUGCACACCGGCGAGCGCCCCUUUCAGUGCUCGGUGUGCGGCAAGCGCUUUGCCUGCUCCUCCAACCUGCUGACCCACCGGCGUGUCCACAGCGGCGAAGGGCCCUUCAUCUGCACCCACUGCGGCCGGGGCUUCAAGUACAUGUCCAAGCUGCAGGCCCACCAGCCCACCCACGGCGCCGAGCGGCCCUUCACCUGCUCCGAGUGCGGCAAGCAGUUCAACUACCCGUCCCAGCUGGAGACCCACCGGCGGGUCCACACCGGGGAGAGGCCCUUCGCCUGCACGCAGUGCGGGAGGGGCUUCACCCGCUCGUACCACCUGCGCAUACACCAGCGGGUCCACACCGGGGAGAGACCCUUCAAAUGCUCGCAGUGUGAGAAGGCUUUCACCUGCUCCUCCUACUUGCUCAAGCACCAGAGUGCUCACCCCUGACUCCGCGGGGCUGAAGAUACCCCCUGCUGGCGCUGGGGUCCAACGCAGCCGGGGCCUGGGCUGUGAUGUUCUGGCACUGGGUGAGGGGAGGUGAGUGACAUUGUUUCAAUCGACUGCUGUAACUGGGUUGGAGUUUAACCUUGUGCAUAUAUAUG